AUGUCUCCUGCGACUGUCACCCAGGCUGAACCCCUCGAUUAUGAUGGUGAUGAGGAUAUUGGUUACGAUGAUGAUGAUAAUAAUAAUAAUAAUGAUGAUGAUAAUAAUAAUAAUAAUGAUGAUGAUGAUGAUGACGAUGAUGAUGAUGAUGAUGAUGAUGAUGAUGAAGAGGAUGGUGAUGACGAUGAUGGUAACCGUGAUUCGGAUUCUGAUGCAAAUGCGUUCGAUGAUGCUGCACGUGGUAAUGUUCACCAUGAAUUACGGGUUUAG